AACUGUUAUCUGAAAAAAAGUAAUAAAAUUCAAAUAUUACUGACAGUAUUUUAUAUUUCAUUUGUGUAGUCUACGAAUAUUGAAUGUACAGUUUUCCACCAACAAAGGCUCAUUUCCAAUGUCAAGAUGGCGGCGUCCACGAAAGCUGAAUCCGGUUCAAAGGCCUCACCAAGAAAACAAAAAUAUGACGCAGGUAGUUACCCAGCAAGCCCUCUUGGGGCCACCCCAAGAACAUCACUACCCCAGAGAUACAACUUACCAUUUUCAAGCUAUAGAUUAACAAGAGAUGAAAUUUCACAGGAGUGGAAAAGCGCGACCGAGCACACUAAAAGUAUACUGAGUUCACCUAUCAAGAAAAGUCACCUGAAGUGGCCGUUUGAUCAUGUUGAUUCCAGUGAAGCAUCAAAAGAAGCAGCUGAAGAGGAUAGCACAACAAAGUCCUUCAUUUUACUUGCUCUUAUUUUCUUGUCAUCCCUGGUAGCUUUACUGAUGGUUUAUUUCAAUUUCCCUAAAAUGCAAGAAGAUGAACUCAGACAUAUCAAGCUACCACGAGAUAUUGAAGAUGCCAAGAAUUUAGGCAGAGUGUUGGACAAAUAUACAGACAGGCACUUUUAUAGUGUUUUCUUUGGCUAUUUUGUAACAUAUAUUUUUUUGCAAUCCUUUGCAAUACCAGGGUCCAUAUUCCUUAGUAUUCUCUCGGGAUAUUUAUUUCCUUAUUACCUGUCAUUAUUUACAGUUUGUAUGUGCUCAGGUAUAGGUGCAUCAUUCUGUUAUUUGCUCUCCUACCUUGUGGGGAGACAACUGGUGCAAAAAUACAUACCAGAGAGAGUGGCAGAGUGGAAGAGUCAUGUCAUAAGGCAUAGGGAGCAUCUUUUGAAUUACAUCAUAUUUCUGAGGAUAACACCAUUCCUGCCUAACUGGUUUAUAAACAUUACCUCUCCAGUAAUAGGUGUACCCCUACUACCUUUUUUCGUAGGCACCUUCAUAGGAGUAGCUCCUCCUUCAGUAGUAGCUAUACAAGCUGGGACAACACUUCACCAGUUGACAUCCUCCAAAGAUGCCCUGUCCUGGACCUCUGUGAUAGUCCUGGCUGUACUUGCUCUCCUCUCUCUGCUGCCUGUGGUCUUUAAGAAGAAACUGAGGGAAAAAUUUGACUAAAAUGGAAGUAUAAUAUUUAUAAACUGUUGACAUAGUGCACAAAACUACGACCAGCAUAGGUAGUUUCCUUAGUAGAAAGGGGACUUGACCCAGUGUUGUAGACGUAAAUUAUACAAUAAAACCAUUUAUAGUUCAGGGUUAAGGAAAAAUAUGCUUUGUGUCCCAAUAGCAAUAAAAAAAAAUACAGGGGAUGUUUGGAUAUUUGAUUAAAGUUGAUGGUUUUCUUUAUUGGUUUUGAACCUGGGUGUCAGGUUUCUAAAACAAAUACCUACAAAAUUUGAACUAUGAAUAACUCAUUUGUCUCAUUUGAAAGGAUGCACAAUUUGUGCACAUUUUACUUACAGUAAAAAUUUGUGGAAAAUUAUAUCAUAAAGAGUAAUUCAAUUAAAAGUGCACAAAGAUGGAAUAAAAAGACUUCACACACUAAUUGAAGAAUGUUUAGGAACAAUGGAUAUCAUGGUAUUUCAGACUUGGCAUUCAUUCCCUGUGAAUUUUCCGCAUUUGUAGCUUUUUUUUUUUUUUUACUUAUUAAGUGUGUUUCAUAUUUUAGGGGCACCCCCAAACCAUAAACACCAGUCAUUCCAAUGCUUGUAACUUAUUCCUGCCCUACAUAAUCUCUUCAGGCUUCAUUUUGUCUUUGAAAGUUUUUUUUUCUUCGUAUACUUGCUCUUUUGAGAUCUCAUUAGGUUUUGUUAAAGCUAUAUGAAAUGCAUAUGUGCAAAUUUAUUAGUACUUUUGGCAAAAACCUUUCCAUAGGAUUGAGAUAUUAGUUAUGCACAAGUAAAGCCAAACAUAAACCUCUCACAUUUUUUUAUCCUCUGAAAACAGGAUAAGACUGUGGAAUAGAAAAAACAGACGGCAGGGAAUUUUUCAUGUGGUUUGAAACAAAACAUUCUGAAUGUGGUAAAGCUAUAUCUGGUCAGAAACUUAUCUUCCAAAAUUUCUUUAAAUAGCAGAUAGGAGUAAAAUUCUGUAAAAUGGAUUUUCUAGACCAACAAAGGUUUAUGCAUUUCAACAAAGCAGUGAAAGUUUUAAUUAACCUUCAACUUAUACUUUUUGAGAAGGAAAUUAGAUGCAUCUGCUGUUGGUCCUGUAAAUGUUGUAGUCUGUGUAGAGUAUGCUGUAAUAAAUUAAUAUGUUGAACCUUUUAUAUCUCUCUUCAGCACAAUUAACUUCUAACUAGUAUUACCAGAUGAAGAGAGUUAUUAAAUGAUAACAUCCUGAGUGCUUUUGUAAGUGUGCAAUAGUCAUGAAUCUUCAUAAGGUGUUGUGGUAUUAUUAUUAUUUUAUAUUCAGAAGCGGUCAAAGUCAUUCACAGGAAAUGUUCUUUCAGUAGGGUCAGGUUCAGUUGAAUGUUUGUAAGGUGCAGGUAUUGAACAUUAAAACAUUUUGAAUCUGAAAGAAGUCCUCCUUUUAAGUGUGACAGCAUGUUCGUGAAAUAAAAAUAAUCAAUUCUAGAUUUUUUUUUUACUUUUAGAAAACAGAAGAUGGAUUAACCUAAAUUAAAGCAUAUAGAAUUUGUCAACAUAGGUUGCAACACUAAAUGUAUGAAAGAACAGACUGCUACAUUUUAUUUUUUCGCAGGUAUUUAUUAAUAUUUGUGUACAUCUAUUAAAAAUAUAAAUAAACAUUUAAAACUUAAUAAUGUUCAGUUUCCUUUCUCUCAUGGAAUGUGUAGAAAUAUAAAAAGCUGACACUUUUCUGUCUAUAAUGAUAAUUGUAAUAUUAUGAAAUAUAUUUUCUUCAACUUGUACUAUA